AAAAAGCUAGACUGUCUGCGAAAUUCUCUUUGGUUCAGGUCUGUUCUGAUGAGAACAAACGCCCGUCUGCAGUACUUGAGGCUCAACUCAGUCUGCCCUUGAUGUGAGUUACACAGCUUCCUCUGUGGGAUACUUCCCCCAUCCUGACGUCAGCUGGAUGUGUGAUUUUUCCUCCCCAUCCCAGCCUCAAACUGACGCAUUCACAUAUCAGCUCUUCAGCAGCUACUUGAGGCUCAGGUAUAUGUACCUGAACAACCACAUGACCACCGAUCAAUAUGCUGCCUGACACUGUCCUCCAGCAGUGAUGCCUUCCUUCAGCCCUCCCACGCCGCUCCUCUGUGUGCUGCUGUGUGUGUCGGUGGCUCUGCAGCGCUCUGACCUGCGACUGGCUUACGUGACCCACACCAGCUUUUUCUACUACUCCUGCAGCCAGGACCCACAACCCUGCAGCGUCUCAUCGCUUGCGGACUGCAGAUGCAAGGACAUCCAGCUGUCCACGCUGCACCACCCCCAGUCGCACUCGACUCCCGUUUUCCGGAUGAGGCGUUUAACUGUCUGGUUCACGUCGCCGUUAAACACGGCGCGUCUGCUCAACAACUCGGAGGUGAGGCACCUCACCCUGAUCCACUGUGGCCCUGGAGGAUCCAGAGAGACACUCUCUCCUUCCAUGGAGAGACAUUUCGCUGUUCAGCACCUGGAGAGGCUGACGGUGGUGAACCUGGCGCAGAGGCCAAUUCACCACUGUCCAGAUGCAAAUAGAGCCAAGAACACCAAUAGUGACCCAGACAUAGAUAAUGGUGCUCACCUUGACACAAAUAGAUACGACAGGGAUAAAGACACAAACCUGGACAUGAAGAGAGAUUCCUUGGCUUUGUCCUCACCCCAGAUCCAAGACAUCUUCCUGGGCAGGGAGCUGGGAGCAGCGUUUCACGAACAGGCCAGACUGGGAAUCAUCCACAGCUCCGUGCUGGAGUGGGGAGCAGAGGUCAAAGCCUACACAGUUCAGACACACAUAGACAAUGACGGCGUGCUGCCCUUCCCUGACCUCCACCUGUCCAAAUUACCAGAGACGUCAGUCAUAUAUGUCAGCUUUGUGUACUGAUAAGUCACAUUGUGAGGAGUACAGGAGGGAACAACAGGAGGAAGAUGAUCCAUUGUUCAGGACCUACAUCACCAGGGAUCCUAAACUUCGAAUAAGUUCAACAAUUUGGGAUCUUUUUUGUUGCACGCCUCUGAUUUACAUGACUGGAUAACUGGAUAACUCCAAAGUAAACACACACUUCAGAAUCAGAAUCAGAAAUACUUUAUUGAUCCUAGGGGGCAAAUUGGGGCGUUACAGUUGUUCUUAUAUAAACAUAAAGAAAUAGAAGUAAAUAGAAAGUAGAAGUGCACUCGGAGAGCGCAGACCCUCGCCAAAGCAGGUUUCAUGCACGUCAUUCAAAUCCAUCGCGGACUUUUGGAGUAAUUCAAGGUUUCAAUUCGAGGUAAUAAAUGAGUGUAAUUUAGAUACAUAACACUACAAUAUUAUACAUAAUGCUACAGUAUAAACACAACAUAAGUAAAGAAAUAUAAGUAAGUAUUAAAAUUAAAUAUAAGAAAUGUGAAAUAUUUAAAAACAUUUGUAUUAAGACGUCCAAUGUAUUACAUAUAACCACAGUGCAAAUAAGUAUACACAAUACAAAAUUCUUAUAAGUAAAUACAAAAUGCUGAGAGGGGGUGGGUUCUAUUAAAGCUUCAGUAGGCAGACAUUUUCAUCAUUGGGCAAAAA